UUGUGGACCCCGUCGCGCCCCUCCUGAAAAAGAUAUUAUUAUUAUUAUUUUUCUCUUCUUUGUAUACCCGUUUUCGAUUUAGGGUACCCAAUCUCUGCGAUCAAAAUCUCGGCUUUUUGCCGCACCAUAAAUCUUGUUCCGAUUCUCCAAUCCAUUCCUUCGAUUCAUCUCCACUGUUCACGAAUCCAGCAGUGCUAUCAUCCCCCUUCUCCUUUUGUACUGAUUUAAAGAUGGCAGCUAAAGCUAAUAAUCUUCCCGACAGUGAGGUUGUGCCAUCAGCUGUUCGGGAGGUUACAUCGAUUCUUCGCGCGGCUCAUGAUAUACAUCCCACCCAUCCUCGGAUUGCUUACCUAUGUGUGUGUGGUGCCGCUGAGGAGUGUUUAAGCGCUGACCCCUUCCUACGUGGGAACGGUGUUCUCUUGUUUGCGUUUCGUCUUAAACGCUGGACUGAAACCAAUGAUGAAACACUUGGGGAUGGAAAAUUGCGGCCUAGUGAUGUACGUGACAUCCAGAGUUUCUAUCUAGAAUAUUACCAGAAAAAUAUCCAUGCUUUGUUCAAGUUUAUCGAAGACUACAGACAUUUUGAAGGAUGGGGCCCAGCGCCCAUGCCUCUCUGGCCUACUCCUAUGGACGGUUUCAAAGCUCUUAGAACUCUCAGUGUCAGGGCUGACAGGGCUGAACUUCUCACAUAUGCAUGUGGAAUUGCUCUUCCUCUCUACAAAGUCGUGGAGCAUCUUUCUAAAGAUGAGCAACUGCCUCCUGAGAUUUUGGAAGCCCACAAUGAAGUGAAACGGCUAGCCGAAAUCUUUAGGCCAUACAUGAUUUAUCCCAGCGAUCCUUAUAGUGAUGAUCAUUUUAUUUGGAGAAUUCCUGAGAUCAGGGCUGUCAAAAACGCACUUCGUGGAAAAUUCUACCCUAGUAGUAAUACUCAAGGCGAUAACAAUUCCGAAAACACAGAGAUUAUUGGCAAUAAUCCUGCGGACACGCCUGUGGGGAUUAAUUGGAGACCGAUGAUAGAGAUAAUUAGUCUUCUAUUGAUUAGCUUUUUUGUGAUAUGUUUGUUUCAACUACUAAUGUUUUAACUUUUUUUAAUAGAUUAUGUGGAAUCAUCAUAAUUUCGAUAGUUGAUUUAAGUUUUUUGCAUGUUUUUUGGAUUGAGUUAAUCUACUCCAUGUCACAUUAGUCAAAAUUGUUUUGAUUAUCUUUUAAUAAUCGAAAUAAGAUAAUUUGUGUUUUAACUUAAA